GUUCGGCUUGUGUGGUACUCCUGGUAAGUUCAUUGCUCACUAGUUCUAAAGAAGGAUGUCUUAUAAUCGCCCUACAGAGACUUUGAUCACUGCUCUUUCACGACGAACGGGCGUGCACGGUUUAACUGCUGUAUCCAACAAUGCAAUUAUAAUGGACUAGUCAAGCUCAUGAAAAGCGGGCAACUUGACAAGCUCAUAAUCUCAUACCUUGGCGGGUAUGUGCUUGAGCGGAUGUACCUCGAUGGAAAGAUGUCCCUCGAACUGGUCCCGCAAGGUACCCUCGUUGAACGGAUGCGUGCACACGGCGCAGGCAUUCCCGCCUUCUUCACACCCACAGGUGCUUCCACGACCGUUGAAACUGGCGGAAUUCCCAUCAGAUUUAAAGCGGGUGGCUUCAAAGAAGGUAUCUUGAUACCGGGAAACAAAAAGGAAUACAGAGACUUCAAUGGAAAGCGGUAUAUCAUGGAGCCUGCGAUCGCCGGCGACGUCGCAUUCAUCCACGCCUGGAAGGCAGACGAGGCAGGCAAUCUCAUGUUCCGACAUGUCGCAAACAAUUACAAUAACGCCAUGGCAAGGAAUGCGCAGUUAGUUAUCGCAGAGGCAGAGGAGAUUGUCCCUAUUGGCUCAUUGCCGCCAAAUGCUGUCCACGUCCCAGGAAUAUUUGUUGACCGUGUUGUGCAGGCCACUGAGCCAAAAGGGUUUGAUAUAAUUGCCACUGCUCCGCCACCCGGAACUACAGGUGGCCCCUCACCUGAGGAACUCCUGGAAAAGAGCACACGGCGCAGAAUAGCAAAGCGCGCAGCACAAGAACUCAGAGAUGGCUUUUACGUAAACCUUGGUGUCGGCAUUCCCACCCUCGUUACGGAGUAUCUCCGACCGGGCAUCAAGAUCUGGCUGCAAAGUGAGAACGGCAUUCUGGGAAUGGGUCCGUUCCCCACUGAAGACCAAGUCGAUCUUGACAUAACCAAUGCUGGAAAGGAGACGGUCACUUUGCUGCCGGGCGCUUCGGUCUUUGAUUCGACUGAUUCGUUCGGUAUGAUCCGUGGUGGCCACAUGGACGUCGCCAUCCUUGGUGCUAUGCAAGUAUCCCAGGCCGGCGACAUUGCAAACUUCAUGAUUCCAGGCAAGCUUGUGAAGGGGAUUGGCGGAGCCAUGGACCUGGUAUCAAAUCCUGACAGGACGAAGGUCAUUGUGGCCAUGGAACACUGUGCAAAGAAUGGAGGUCCAAAGAUCAUGGAGGAAUGCUCGUUGCCACUGACUGGUGCACGGGCGGUCAGCCAGAUUAUUACCGAACUUGCUGUGUUUGAUGUUGACCGGUCUGGUGGCACCUUGACGCUCGUUGAAGUGGCCAAGGGUGUGACGGUGGAGGAGGUACAAGCGAAGACAGCCUGCGACUUCAAGGUCUCUGACAACCUUGGGCAGAUGUAAGUGUAAGUUCAAUAUUGAUGGUAUGUAUAUAAAUACAUGGAUCAGUAGGCUUGCUUGAUUUCCACCCUUGAUAUCUGAUGAUAUCAAUCACACGUUAAUUCCGUCCUUCACGGGCAUUCCAAGCCUUUGAUACACGUACGGUUGUAUUUUACAUAUAUUUGGGAUGAUUGCUGUAUUAAAAUAAGAGGCCGUCCGUCGCUUCGUAUUGCACAGUAAAAGAUAUAUUUUACACAGAAAGUCUGAGGUGGCAUAUUACUUACACAUGUGACAGAAAUAGACGCGA